CCCGGGCCGACGGGGGCCGGUCCUGCCGGGCUCGGAGCGAGGGCGGCCGAGGCGGCAGGGCCUUCCAGAUGGCCGAGCUCGGCGUGAUGGCUCCAGGGCCGCUGCCCGGGGUCCCCGCUCCCUCCGCGGUCGCUCUCAGCCCAGACUCUGGGUCAGCCAGCCCAGCAGAGGAUGAGGACGGGGGCUCCCUGGAGAGCCCCCGGGGGGAGGCCGAGGGGCAGGGCGCCGGCUCCGGCGGCGACGGGGAGGAGGAGAUCCUCUGUGACUUCUGCCUGGGGGCCGGCAGGGUGAGGGCGGUGAAGUCCUGCCUGACCUGCAUGGUGAAUUACUGCGAGGAGCACCUGCGGCCGCACCAGGAGAACACCAAGCUGCACAGCCACCAGCUGACGGAGCCGGUGAAGGACCGGGACCUGCGCACCUGCCCGGCCCACCGCAGCCCGCUGGUCGCCUUCUGCUGCCCCGACCGCCAGUGCGUCUGCCAGGAGUGCGGCCAGGGCGAGCACAAGGGCCACGCCUCGGUCUCCCUGGAUGCUGCCCGGAGGGACAAGGAGGCUGAGCUUCGCGGCACCCAGCUGGACCUGGAGCGGAAACUCAAGUUGAAUGAAAACGCCAUUGCCCGGCUCCAAGCCAACCACAAAUCCGUUUUGGUGUCUGUGUCAGAGGUGAAGAUGGUGGCGGAGGAGCAGUUUGGGGAACUCCUUGCUGCCGUGAGGAAGGCCCAGGCUGACGUGAUGCUCUUCCUGGAGGAGAAGGAGCAGGCCGCUCUGAGCCAGGCCAAUGGCAUCAAGGCGCACCUGGAGCACAGGAGCGCGGAGAUGGAGAAGAGCCAGCAGGAGCUGGGGAGGAUCGCUGCCAUCAGCAACACUGUCCUGUUCCUGGAGGAGUACUGCAAGUUUAAGAACACCGAGGACAGCGCCUUCCCUAGUGUUUACAUCGGACUCCAGGACAAGCUCUCAGGCAUCCGCAAGGUCAUCACCGACUCCACUGUGCACUUAGUGCAGUUGCUGCACAACUACAAGAAGAAGCUGGAGGAGUUCGCAAGGGAAGAGGAGUAUGACAUCAGAACUCAAGUGUCAGCUGUUGUUCAGCGCAAGUAUUGGACCUCAAAACCUGAGCCCAGCACCAGGCAACAGUUCCUCCAAUAUGCGUGUGACAUCGUGUUUGACCCUGACACGGCACACAGGUAUCUCCGGCUACAGGAGGACAAUCGCAAAGUCACCAACACUACGCCCUGGGAGCAUCCCUACCCGGACCUCCCCAGCAGGUUCCUGCACUGGCGGCAGGUGCUGUCCCAACAGAGCCUGUACCUGCACAGGUACUACUUCGAGGUAGAGAUCUUGGGGGCAGGCACCUAUGUUGGCCUGACAUGCAAAGGCAUCGACCGGAAAGGGCAGGAGCGCAACAGCUGCAUUUCUGGAAACAACUUCUCCUGGAGCCUCCACUGGAACGGGAAGGAGUUUGCGGCCUGGCACAGUGACACGGAGACCCCGCUCAAAGCCAGCCCCUUCCGGAGGCUGGGCGUCUACGUCAACUUCCCGGGAGGGAUCCUCUCCUUCUACGGUGUGGAGCCAGACGCCAUGACUCUGAUUCACACGUUUGACUGUAAGUUUUCGGAGCCAGUCUACGCGGCCUUCUGGCUUUCCAAGAAGGAAGACACCGUGCGGAUUGUGGACCUGGGAGAGGAGCCCGAGAAGCCAGCGCCGACCUCAGGGACGGCUGCUCCGUAGACUCUGGGAUCCACAUUCCAUCUUGCGCUAACGCAAGCGGCAACUUGCCUUCUGAGAGCGACCUGGGGGCAGAAAUCUCUGCCAGGGGUCACUGGCUUUAGAAAUCCCGGAAUCUGCGGAUGAGGAGGCGCGCCUCUGGCUUCGCCCUUUUGCUCCUUGCCGUGCUGUUCCCAGUGUUUGAAGUCACCUUCAGAUGAAAGGUCCCCUUGAGUGAUACUUGAGUCUUCCAUUUUUGAGUGGUAUUCUCCUGUCUGCUCUGGUGAACGACAUAUUGGGCUCAGAAUUGCGAACCAGGAAUCUUCAGAGAGAUCGAAAAGAUCACAGAGUAAUCAUAAUAAAUUGCCAGCUUUCU